UAUAAUAUCAUUUACAUUUACUGUUUAAAGCUCCUCAGAUGGAUGGUCAGAUCAAUUCUAAGACAGCCUAGUCUAUACGCCUCACUGCUUGUUUUGUGGUGUUUACUAUUUGAUAAUUUCGAGUGUUUUUGGCGGCCUCAGCUCUCAGCAAUGGAACAAGACGCAACUAUUUUGCUUCUGGUCCUUCUAUCAAUCUGUUGGACUGGAGGGCAUUGUGGUCCUAUCCAGGAUGGCAGCCCUCUAGGCCUAGAAAGUGGGGCGAUCCCAGAUUCGAGCUUGACAGCUUCUAGUGAGUACGACGCCAACCACGGUCCUUUUCGAGGACGGUUAAACAUAGCUAAAGUCGGAGCCCUGACUGGAGGAUGGUCUGCCAAAACAAACGAUUUGAACCAAUGGAUUCAGGUUGAUCUUUUAGCUACGUACAGCAUCAUAAGAGUGGCAACACAAGGUCGUGAGGAUUAUUCCCAGUGGGUAACCAGCUUCAAGAUUGCCUGCAGUAUGGAUAGUGUUACCUUUGAUACAGUGAAAGACCCCACUAACACCGACAACGACAACAUCUUUCCCGGCAAUAGUGACCGAAACACCGUGGUUUACAAUCGCCUUCCCGUGCCAAUGUUGUGCCGAUAUGUUCGCAUUUUACCUUACACCUGGCAUGACCAUAUUUCUCUUCGUAUGGAGCUCUUUGGAGAAUACCCUGCAACGACCGAACCUACGACUAACCCAACAACACUGACACCUGUACAGUCGGAGAUUCUGACAUCUCAACCCACUGUUGGCCCUAUCCAGGACGGUAGCCCUCUAGGCCUAGAAAGUGGGGCAAUCCCAGAUUCGAGUCUGACAGCUUUUAGUGAGUGGGACGCCAACCACGGUCCGCGUCGAGGACGGUUAAACAUGGCUAAAGUCGGAGCCCAAGCUGGAGGAUGGUCUGCCAAAACAACAGAUUUGAACCAGUGGAUUCAGGUUGAUCUUUUAGCUACAUACAGGAUCGUAAGAGUGGCAACACAAGGUCGUGCGGAUUAUUCCCAGUGGGUAACCAGCUUCAAGAUUGCCUGCAGUAUGGAUAAUGUUACCUUUGAUACAGUGAAAGACCCCACUAACACCGACAACGACAAUAUCUUUCCUGGCAAUAGUGAUCGAAACACCGUGGUUUACAAUCGCUUUCCCGUGCCAAUGUCGUGUCGAUAUGUUCGCCUCUUACCUUACACAUGGCAUCAACAUAUUUCCCUUCGUAUGGAGUUAUUUGGAGAACUCCUUGCAACGACCAAACCCUCGACAAACCCAACACUGACACCUGUACACUCAGAAACUGUGACAUCUUUAAUCCCUGUUGGGCAUUUCCAGGAUGCUAGCCCUAUAGGCUUAGAAAGUGGGGCAAUCCCAGAUUCGAGCUUAACAGCUUCUAGUGAGUACGACGCCAACCACGGUCCUUUUCGAGGACGGUUAAACAUAGCCAGAGACGGAGCCCUGUAUGGAGGAUGGUCUGCCAAAACAAACGAUUUGAACCAGUGGAUUCAGGUUGAUCUUUUAGCUACGUACAGCAUCGUAGGAGUUGCAACACAAGGUCGUCAGGAUUAUUCCCAGUGGGUAACCAGCUUCAAGAUUGCCUGCAGUAUAGACAGUACUACCUUUGAUACAGUGAAAGACCCCACUAACACUGACACCGACAACAUCUUUCCCGGCAAUAGUGACCGAUACACCGUGGUUUACAAUCGCUUUCCCGUGCCAAUAUCGUGUCGAUAUGUUCGCAUUUUACCUUACACCUGGCAUGAACGUAUUGCUCUUCGUAUGGAGCUCUUUGAAGAACUCCUUGCAUCAACUGAAGUAUCAACAACCUUGAAGACAUCAUGUGAAGGAGCUGUCGCUAUGAACGCAUCGCCCAGAACAUGUACAAAGCCCAUACAGCUGUUUACGAUUUUAUUCGGGGUCGUGCUACGAUGGCUUUACUGAAUGGUACAAGCUAUUACGAGCACUUAACACGUAGUUACGAGUACUUUACGAAUAGGUACGUAUACUUUACGUAUUCUUACGUAUUGUAUACGAUUUUGGAAAACGUACGAAAUCUACAAAAUCGCAACAAAAAAUCGUAACUAACAAGUAGCCAUUCGUAACAACUCGUAAACAGGUCAUGAAAUGCCCGUAAUUUGCUCAUAGUUAUCCGUCGCAACUCGUAACAACUCGUAAACUCGUAACAAUCCGUGAUAGACCGUAAAUAGCUCGUAAUAACUCGUAACAACUCUUAAAUCGAAAAUGAUAUCGCUAGUGGCAUUCGUAUGUCUCACAAUGUAUGGUCAACAAGGGAACUAAAAGAUCACGAUGUUUCGUGUGCCGCUGCUACACUCCGUCAGGUGAUAAAAUAUAUUAUUAAGCAAGCGUCUUUUAUACUCUAGGGAUGGACCGGGUGGAGCGGCUGUCAAUAAUUAAAACAAUACCGGACAAAGCCAAUUGAUCAAAGCACACGGGUGCUCAACCAAUCAACAGGCCGUCGCCUCGGCUCGCCUGCCCGGGGAGAACAUUGGCGUACUCGACCAAUAGGCAUGG